AUCCCGACCCAAGUUAUUUGUCGUCCAACUCAGCGUCUGGUGCUCGCCCUUUCUUCCCCUACUAACCCUCGGUUUCUUAUUCAAACCUCUCCGAUUUAAGGCUCGGAUCAAAAGAAUCCGCGACGAGAACGAUAGCUCUUCAAGGUUAGCCUCAACCUCUCUCCUCCUCUUUUACUCUAAUUUUCCUGUUGGACUGGUUUGUUUUUAAUCUUUACGGUCAAGGCGGUGUCGCCUCCGUCGCUACGUCGGCGCCGUUCAGGAGUGGAACAAACUAUCACAGGGUAGAAGGGUGUGCCGGUAAUCAUGGCAGACUUGGAAAAUUUGCUUCUGGAGGCAGCAGGAAGAACUGGUACAGGAGGGAGAAACCGGCACUCGCUUCCACCAUCUAGAAGGCGACGUGAGGGUUCUUAUUCUGAUGGUGGAAGUGACUCUAGGGAUGACGAUUCAGAUGAUGAUCAUGGCUAUGCAAGCAGAAAGCCAUCUGGAUCACAAGUUCCAUUGAAGAAGAGGCUGGACCCUGCUGAAAGAGAUGAUGAUCAGGGCAGUCAGGAAGAAGGUGAUUAUGAUGAUGGUGUUUCUGUUCAUGAGGGUGACAGCAGUGAUGAAUCUGAUGUUGGUGAUGAUCUUUACAAGAAUGAGGAUGACAGGCGAAAGCUUGCACAGAUGACUGAACUUGAAAGAGAACUGAUUCUGUCAGAACGUGCAGAUAAGAGAGGUGAUAAAAAAUUUACUGAAAAGAUUAGAUCGAAGCGGGAAAAUGAUAGGCCAAGCCGGUCUCGGAAAGAGACUCCACCUCUUCCGUCUUCUCGUGGGGUGCGGUCAUCAGCUAGAUCUGCUGAUAGGGCAGCUGCUAAGGAUGAUGCCCUGAAUGAGUUGAGAGCAAAACGACUGAAGCAGCAAGAUCCAGAGGCACAUCGUAAGUUGAGAGAUGCAUCUAGAGGAAGUUCGGGUAGCCGGGGCUUAUCACCAGUCAAGCGGAAACCCUUCACUGCAUCAAGUCUAAGUAGCUCUAGUCAGAGUGACAGUGAAAGUAGGUCUAAUAGCGAAGAUGAAGGAUCAACUGGGGAUGGUGGAAUGGUUGAUAGUGAUGAUGAUAGGGGCAUGCAGGGGCCAGACGGCCCAACAUUUGAUGAUAUAAAGGAAAUUACUAUUAGAAGGUCAAAACUUGCAAAAUGGUUUAUGGAGCCAUUUUUUGAAGAGUUGAUUGUGGGUUGUUAUGUAAGAGUUGGAAUUGGGAGGUCGAAGAGUGGCCCUAUCUACAGGCUCUGCAUGGUCAGAAAUGUUGAUGCCACAGAACCUGAGCGGACAUACAAACUAGAGAACAAGACAACAUAUAAGUAUUUGAAUGUUGUUUGGGGCAAUGAAAGCUCUGCUGCCAGGUGGCAGAUGGCUAUGAUUUCAGACUCUCCACCGCAAGAGGAGGAGUUUAGACAAUUGAUUAGGGAGUUGGAGCGAAGUGGAGGCCGGAUGCCAAGCAAACAAGAUGUGCUUGAAAAGAAGGAAGCAUUACAAAAGGCUAAAACAUUUGUCUAUUCAGCAGCUACUGUAAAGCAGAUGUUGCAGGAGAAAAAGUCCACCUCAUCUAGACCAUUAAAUAUUGCAGCUGAGAAGGAUCGACUGAGAAGGGACCUGGAAAUUGCACAAAGUAAGCAUGAUGAGGCAGAGGUGGAGAGGAUUAAGAUGAGACUGCAGCAACUGGAGGCAUCCCGGCAGGCACAGGAGAAAGAUGCCAAGGCUGUUAGGUUGGCUGAGAUGAAUAGAAAGAACAGAGCUGAGAAUUUUAAAAAUGCAUCAGAACUGAAACCCGUAAAUACUGGUUUAAAAGCAGGAGAGGCUGGGUAUGAUCCAUUUUCGAGGAGGUGGACUAGAUCAAGGAAUUACUAUGUUGCAAAGCCUCCUGGAGCAGAUGCAGCAGCAGUAGCUAAUGGUGAUAGAAUUGGUGUGAUUGCCAGUGGAAAUGGCAAUGAUGCAAGGGCUGCUGCAGAGGCUGGCAGGGCAGCUACAGUGGCUGCCUUGCAAGAAGCUGCUGGUGCUGGGAAGUUGGUUGAUACAAGUGCACCUGUUGAUGAAGGGACAGAAUCUAACAUGCUACAUGACUUCGAGAUUCCAAUCUCAUUAAAUGCGCUCCAGAGGUUUGGUGGUCCCCAGGGAGCUGUGGCAGGAUUCAUGGCUAGGAAACAGAGGAUAGAAGCAACUGUUGGAUGCCGAGUCCCUGAGAAUGAUGGGAGGAGACAUGCUCUUACCUUGACAGUUAGUGACUACAAGAGAAGAAGAGGGCUUCUUUGAAAUAAAAUGUUACAUCUAAGCAAUGCCUGUAUAGGUAAUGAUAUUUUUAUUUCAGCUGUUAUUUGAAGGAAAGUUUGUACCAUGUCAUUUGAUCAAACUGCCUUGAGGCUUGUUGAAUUAAGUAUUUUUUGGUGUGAGUAUACGUAGGUUUCGGUUUAUCAAA